CGCGCAGCGGGGCGCGCGGGGCCGCCGCCGUUAAAGGGGCCGCGGGCACGGCCCGGCCCGGGGGGGCCCCCGCGCCUCCCGGGGUCACUCAAAGACAAAGCCAUGGCGGGGAGCCCCCGGCCGCGGCCACGGCCGCCGGUUGUGUUUUCCAGGAGCUGAAGUAGGGAAUUUUCCAAGGGGAGACAGCUUUGUUUGGCCGCUUCCCCCUCCCCAGGGCGCCCAAAAAAGAGCAGAAAAAGCAUUUGUGCAGAAAACAACCCAAAAACCCACCCAGAGGCAUCUCCACGCUUCCCUGGCUCUCCACGAAGCGAAACUCUCCCAGCUUUUGGCAGCUGCCGCAGGAUUUGGGAAUUUUGAUGUUUGCCAGAGGUGUCGUGCUCCGGUGCCAGGAUGUCCACGGAUGGUGGCUUUGGCACGGCGGGGAACAGCGAUGCCCAGCAGAGCCUCCAGAGCUUCUGGCCACGGGUGAUGGAGGAGAUCCGCAACCUCACCGUGAAAGACUUCAGGGUUCAGGAGCUGCCCUUGGCUCGGAUUAAGAAGAUCAUGAAACUGGAUGAGGAUGUGAAGAUGAUCAGUGCAGAAGCCCCCGUGCUGUUUGCCAAAGCUGCUCAGAUUUUCAUCACCGAGCUGACGCUGCGGGCCUGGAUCCACACAGAGGACAACAAACGCAGGACCCUGCAGAGGAAUGACAUCGCCAUGGCAAUCACCAAGUUUGAUCAGUUUGAUUUCCUGAUCGAUAUUGUGCCCAGGGAUGAGCUGAAGCCUCCAAAAAGGCAGGAGGAGGUGCGCCAGGCCGUCACCCCGGCCGAGCCCGUGCAGUAUUACUUCACCCUGGCCCAGCAGCCAGCAGCAGUGCAGGUGCAGGGCCAGCAGCAGGGCCAGCAGACCACCACGGCCACCACCACCAUCCAGCCGGGCCAGAUCAUCAUCGCCCAGCCCCAGCAGGGCCAGACCACCCCUGUGACAAUGCAGGUGGGAGAGGGGCAGCAGGUGCAGAUCGUGCAGGCCCAGCCCCAGGGCCAGAGCCAGCAGGCUCAGAGCGGCACAGGACAAACCAUGCAAGUGAUGCAGCAAAUCAUCACCAACACGGGAGAAAUCCAACAAAUCCCGGUCCAGUUGAAUGCUGGCCAGCUGCAGUAUAUCCGCUUAGCCCAACCCGUGUCAGGCACCCAGGUAGUCCAGGGGCAGAUCCAGACGCUUGCAACCAAUGCACAGCAGAUAACGCAGACAGAGGUGCAGCAGGGGCAGCAGCAGUUCAGCCAGUUCACGGAUGGACAGCAGCUGUACCAGAUCCAGCAGGUGACAAUGCCCGCGGGCCAGGACAUCACCCAGCCCAUGUUCAUCCAGUCCACCAACCAGAGCUCGGACACCCAGGCCACGCAGGUGACAGGGGACUGAGCAGGGACCUGGUGACAAUCCCAGAUCCAGCCCUGAGCGCCUGUGCCAGCCCCAGCUGGGCCCAGCAGCGCGGCUGAGAGUGAGCCCCUGGCAGCUCUGCCACCUCCACCUCGCUCUGCUGGCUAUGGGAUACCCAGAAUAUCCAGAAUUAUCCAGCAGACUCUGCCAAGAAUGCAGUAUUUUUAUUUUCCAAACCAAUCUUUGUGUAUCCAGCUGCUUUUCCAAACCCCGAGAGAAGCGAUCCGAAGGGAUUUGGAGCAUCUCAUUGAACAAAUGUGGGAAAUGUUUUUGUUUCUAGGAAAAUCCUGAGGGUACUGCUCCUGUCAGAGCUCUAAUCCUGAUGUUCUGUUUGUAUUUUUUUUUUCUCUGGAUAGAGCUAGGUCUGGUCCUCCCAUCUCAGUUUUGGGUUUUAGGGAAUUUCUAGGGGGGGAAGUGUGUGUGGUUUAGAUUUUUCCCUCCUGCCUCCUUUUUUGGAGCAUUUGCUGUAUGCAGGGAAUAGGAGGAGGAGGAAUUGAAGUGAAACAAAAUAAUAAAAAAAGCAACAUUCCUUGUAUUAUGAUUGUAUUUUCUAAGAGUAAAAAAUCCUUGAAUUUGGCCUCUGGAUUCCAGAAAAACUGAUGGAAUCUGGACAAAACCCCAGCCCUGCUGUUACCUGUUGUCCUGGCUUUGGUCCAUGCAUGUAAUAUAAGCUUCAUAAAAGGAAAUAAAUUUGCUUUUGUCAGA